AUGAAAUUUUCUACAUCUGUUUUGUUAGCCAGUUCUAUUGCUUUAAGCAAUGCUGCUUCUGAUGUCGUUUCUUCCAACACUAAGACAUUGAACAACAAUUUGGUUGCUGCCAGUGCAGUCGAAGGUUCAGCUGCUGUUGCUUCAGCUGCUGUCUCUGGUACUACUACAACUGAACAAUAUGCCAUAAAGCCAAGUACUACCGUUACUACUACCGAUUACUUAGGUAGAACUACUACUCAAGCAUUGUGGUAUAUUCCAGAAGCCAACUCUGCUAAGGCUGUCACUACUACUUCUAAAACUUCUUCCAAAGCUCUUGAAACCGAAUCUGCUGAAGUUACUGAAUCUUCUGAAUCUGCUGAAUCUGCUGAAGCCACUGAAACUUCUGAAACUGCUGAAACUGCUGAAACUAUUGCUUCUCAACCAACUACUACCUCUAGCACAUCCACCAUUUUAUGGUGGACCCCAUCUACUUCAACUACUUCUACUGGUAGCACAGACACCGAAUCCACUAGUCCUACUACUUCUACCACUUUAUGGUGGACUCCAUCCACUUCAUCCACCUCUACUGACAACAAAGAUACUGCUUCCACCACUUCUACUAGAAACUGGGAUGAAGCUAUUACUACUGUUACCACUACUGACGCUGACGGUUCCUUAACUACAUCUAAAGUAUGGUGGUUGCCAUCUACUAGCUCCAAUUCUGGUGCUUCAUCCAACAGCGUUAGCGUUUCAUUAUCCACUUCUACCUCAUACAGCAAAUACAAGACCACAUACACCACCACCAGUGGCUCUGAAAUCAAAACCAUCACCACCUCCUAUAGUUCUGCAUACGCCAGAGUAUUGUCAUCUAACAGCACUAUUAGCGUUUACAAAAACGAUACUAAUGCAGCUGGUAGAUUAGAAGUUGGUUUGGGUGCUGGUGCAGUCGCAUUAGUUGCCUUGAUCUUAUAA